AUGAAGAAAUCCAGGGUGAAGACAUCCAGUGAGGAGACUUCCACGGAGAAAACAUCCAGGGUGAAGACAUCCACGGAGAAAACAUCCAGGGUGAAGAAAUCCAGGGUGAAGACAUCCACGGAGAAAGACAUCCAGGGUGAAAACAUCUGGGUGAAGACACCCAGGCUGAAAACAUCAGGGGUGAAGGAAUUCAGGGUGAAGACAUCCAGGGUGAAGAUAUCCAGGGGUGAAGACAUCCAGGGUGAAAUCAAGGGUGAAUACAUCCACGUUGAAAACAUCCAAGGUGAAGACAUCCGGGGUGAAGACAUCCAGGGUGAAGACACCCAGGGUGAAUGCAUCCAGUGCAUCCCAGGUAAAUACAUACAGAGUGAAGACAUCAAGGGUGAAAACAUCCGGGUGAAGACACCCAGGCUGAAAACAUCCAAUGUGAAGGGAUUCAGGAUGACGACAUCAAGGGUGAAGACAUCCAGGGUGAAGACAUCCAGGGUGAAGACAUCCAGAGUGAAGGCAUCCAGGGUGAAGACAUCCAGGGUGAAGUUAACCCAAGGUGAAGACACCCAGGAUGAAGACACCAAUGAUGAAGACACGAGGGUGAAGAUAUUUAGGAUGAAGUUAACCCAGGGUGAAGACAUUUAA